UUAUCUUCCCUUUCUCUCUCUACAAACUUCCUCUCUCUCUCUCUCUUUUUCUCUAGAAAAAAACUCCUCUAAAUAACGAUUUAAGGAAAUUUCUCAAGAAGCACAAAAAUGGAAGGAAUGAUGAGUCCAGCAUCAACUGUGAAGGCGAUAAUGGUGAUUCUGAUACUGUCGGCGAUUAUGUUUCGGUGUGCAUCGGCUGCUGUUAAUCAUACAGUUGGUGAUUCUUCUGGUUGGGAUCUCUCCUCCAAUAUCUCGCUCUGGUCUUCUUCUACCUCUUUCGUCGUUAACGACUCCCUCGUGUUCAACUACACCCCAGAUCAUGACGUCAUUGAACUUACUAAAUCGGAUUUUGCUACAUGUCGCACCACCAGCCCUAUAUCGACCUAUGAGGACACCAACGGGCAGACAGUAAUCUUGCUCAGCCAGCCUGGUUGGAGGUACUUCGUCUGUGGCAGGCCUCACCAUUGCUCCAUGGGUCUGAAGCUUAGUGUCGAGGUUCUUUAUCAGCAUAACCCACUUGACCAGACCCCACAGUCCAACAGUGCAGCAGCUCAGCCAGUGCAGCCUGGUAGCACCCCGACAGAAGGCAGUGGUAAUGGAGAUCAUGAUAAGCAUGACCCACAUUUAUCUCGCGGUUACAGUAACCUCAAUGCAGUUAAUUCGAGCAGGUACUUGCUGCAACUGGAGAUCACCAUCUUGGGAAUUGUGUGCCUCUACUAUCUUUGCUGAAGGUUGGCAUUCAAAAUCGGUGUUGUUUGAUUACUUCUCUGGAUAAUGCAGAGCUGUGGAGUCGAAAAACUUUUGUAAUGGCAACUGACUAGCUAUCUAAGUACUAUUGGUAGCUCUAGUACAUAAUAAUAGUAGUAGCAGCUGCAAGUCUGCAACAUUAGUUCAGCAACUCAACUUGCCCCUAACGAAUUAAGUGAAUCGUCGGGCUGAUGCUGAUGAAUGAAACAUUUACAUCUGUUG